AUGGUCACCGUGUUGCCGCGGCAGCAGCCGACACAUCGUGCCGUGACGGAGCCUGUCGAGCAGCAGGAGGAGAGGAGGAGAAAAGGAGCUCUCAUCUCUGAGGAGGAGGAAAAGAGCAGGAGAGGUAGCCGGAGGAGGAGAGGAGGGAGCAGCCAUGUCUGAAACGCCUUUGCAGCAGAACGGCUCGACAGUGCAAAUGUCCUCCAUGGAUAACAAGCUCCACAAGGAGAGGCUCCAAGCCUUGGCGGAGAAACAUAAACGACAAAUAGCGAUUGAGAGCAAGAGAAGUCAGCUGGAUGAUCUGGUGCUACAGUUACAACACCUCAAGUCUAAAGCCAUGCGUGAGCGCUGGUUGCUCCAGGGCUCCAAUGGUGGUGAGGAAGAGGAGGAGAGCAGGAGACAGCUGGAGAAGGAGGAAGAGCAGGGCAGGAGGUUGGAGGACCAGAUACACAGGCUGGAGGCCGACAUCUUGGCACUGGAGAGCGAGGAGUCCCAGAUCUCGGCCAAAGAGCAGGUCCUACGAGAACGUCUGCGAGAGAGCGAGCGAUCCAUCGAGGACCUGCAGAAGAGCUUGAUGGCACAUGAUGGAGUGGACUCCAGCAGCUCCCUGUCCACCCAGCUGACCGGCCACAACGCCCCAGGACCGGAGCCCCUGUCCCUGGAUACCAAGCCGCGAAGCUUGGCAUCCUCUGGAGAUCACACAACCACGGCAAGACCUGGCGUGCGUACGCUAGGAGGGGAGAGACAUGCAGGAAUGGGAGCUCUGUUCGCCAUGGAGAUCAACGUUCAGCACGACCCAGCCACUGGUGAGCAGCGCGUCCUCUCGGCCAAUCGUAUGAGCCCGCUGGACGCGGCGUUGCGCGGGGUCAAGGUAUACGACGAUGGCAGGAAGGUGGUGUACGAGGUGGCCUCCUCCUCCGUGACCUCCGCCCCCCCCGCCGACCCCGCGGCGGAGAACGGCUGGAGCUCUGAGCAGGUGGACCGCCUGGUGCAGCGGGCAGUCGGGGGUGGGGCCGGGGGACGGAGCCAGGGCCACGUCACCGUCGUCCCCGCCUACGUUGCCCCCGCCUACGUUGCCCCCGCCUACGUCUCCCCCGCCGACGCCGACGACCUGUCCCCCCCGUCCUGCGCCCCCCCCUCGGUCCCCUCAAGCCCCCCCGCACAGGUGGAACUGCAGCGGGACGCGCGCCUCGGCGUCCCGCCCCCUUCCGUCAUCGCCUCCCAGCCCCGCCCCUCCGGUCCCCCCGGCGACCAGGACGAGGCUGGCGACGCCGCCCUCCCCCGGGCCACGGCGGAGCACCCGGUCACCAUGGUGUUCAUGGGCUACCAGGACGUGGAGGACCUGAGUGAGGGCAGGCGCCUGCUGGGGUUCCAAGGGGGCGUGUCGGCCGAGGUGGUGCUGAUAGACGAGGAUGACGAGCGCUCUCUUAGGGAGAAGACGGUCACCGACGCCUCCCUGCUGGACGGCACCGCCGCCGACCUGGUGUCCGGGCGGCCCGCUUCCUCCGAGGACGUGGCCAGCAGCCAGCUGUCCUCGGACGCCCCGCCAGCGCCCCCCUCCUCCUCCACCUCCUCCGCCUCACCCCCACCUGGCCUCACGCCCGCCGCAGGUUAUCGGAGGACGGAUGUUAACGGCUUCCAAGUUCCAACCUUCAGACAGCCUCACCCCGCCAUGAAAGUGUUGCGGACGUUGGAUGAUGCCAGUGAGCCAGCACCAAGGGAGCGAGCUCUGAAGAGCGUCACGUUCCAGGAGUUGGUGAGCGUUAUCAGCGACUCGCCGGGAACCAUGGCACUGCAGAGCCAGCAGCAGAUCCAGCAGCAGAUCCAGCAUGGCGGCCUGGGAGGUGCCAGCGACGCGGCCCUCAGUACAACGUGUGGGCAGCUAGAGAGCCAAGAUGGAGAGGGGCUUCAGGAGAUCCGAUACCUGGAUCAGAUUUUAAAUGACGCCUCCGACCCGCCCACCAACGGAAACUCCUCCCCUUCACCACACAGCCAACAGCCAAUUACCAUUGACGGAUCCGCCCACUCGUCCGUCCACACCUCACCCUCCAUCAGCCAAUCACCUGUCAUCAAGGCGGAAGGGAGGAGCCAAACCACCUUUGUCUACCAGGAGGAGGGCAUCCCGCAGACCAAUGGGAAUUCGGUAGGGGAGGAGCCAGGGCGUGGGGGGGCCCGCUUUGAGCUGAGGGCGUUCCAGGAGGAGAGGAGGCCGGCCAAGCUCUUCACCCCAGGGGAGGAGCAGCAGGAAGUGCGGGUGAGGAGGAGACGGCCCUCUGAAGAGGUCCAGGAGUUAGAGCGGGAGCGCCAGGAGCUGAUCCGAGGCCAGGCGGUGAAGAAGAACCCAGGGAUCGCUCAGCGCUGGUGGAAUCCUCCUGUAGAGCUCCCGAUGGAGGAGCAGCUAGAUCCAGAACAGCUAGAAUCCCACCGGAAGUACCAGCAGAGGAAACAGAACCAGACACACACCUGCAUCUACACACAGCCCCAGGUCUCAGGCCCCCCGAUGAUGGCGAGCUUUGACCCGGACCUCCCCAGGAAGGAGGACAUCGUGGAGGAGCAGAUCGACUUCCGGUCCGCCAGGAAGCAGUUCCUCCAGGGAGGCGGGGCCCCCCGGAGAGACGUGGCGCCCCAGAUCUACUCGGCCAAGCCCUUCUCCAAGACCCCCGGCAAGACCCCCGCUGCCACAGACCCCGACGAAGGUCACGUGACCUGGGCAGAUGAGGGGAUCGGAGGGGAGUUCACGUGCGUGCGGGCGGUGAUGACGGUGCUGAACGAUGAGGAGGAGGCGGGGGCCAGGAGGAGCGCACCCCAGAAGGUCCUCCUGUUCAACCCUGAGGAGUCGGACUCGGGGCUGGACGAGCUGUCUCUGCGAUCCCAGGACACCACGGUCCUCAGCCUGGACAACGUGUCUGACAGCGGGGCCUCCCUGCCCCUCACCCCUGUCUCCCCCCCCGCCACCCAGGAGAAUCCCCUGGAGGAGGAGCUGGAGUUCCACGCUGGUCUGCUGGUGCAGAGCGCCAUCCACCAUGCCCUGGCCGGGCAGAACGGAGACGACUGGCAGUCCGCCCUCCACCACCCCUCCUCCUCCUACUCCUCCUCCUCCUCCUCUUCCUCCUCCUCCUCCCCUCACGCUCUGUCCAGCUCUGCCCGGCUAACCCCCGUGUCCGGGAGCCCCGCCUUGCUCCCCCCCUCCUCUUCCUCCUUCUUUUCCUCCCCUUCGACCCCCACCCUGAACCCCCCAGUUCUCCCCUCCCCCUCCUCCUCCUCUCCUGCCCGUUCUCCUCCUCCCACGCCCAGCGCCUCUUCUCCCUGGGCGUCCCCUGUGCCGCAGCAGGAGCAGACCUCCCCCUCCUCUCCUCCGCGGCCCCCGCCCGCCUCCCCCCCUCAGAGGCCCCGAGGAGGCGGUCCUCGUAUCAAGGUCCAGUCCUCCUACGCCCGGGCCCUUGCUGCCUCCACCCCGGAACCCGCCCCGCCUGCCCCUGCCCUGGGCCCCGUGGUCCCCAGACCCCCCACCGUGUACCGGCCCCCCUCCCCGCCGCGGUCGGACAAGCCCGAGUUCAGCUACUUCAAGAAGUAUUCUGAGGCGGCGGAGCUGCGCAGCACGGCCCCGGGCCCCCCGGAGCCCCCCGGCCCUGCCCCCCCUGGGCCCUUCCGCCUGCGCUCUCGCAAGCAACGCACGCUGUCCAUGAUCGAGGAGGAGAUCCGUGCCGCGCAGCAGCGUGAGGAGGACCUCAAGAGGCAUCGGGACGCCAAGCAGGCAGCGGCAGCCACGGCGGUCGGCAGUCGCCAAGUCAACCUACAACUCCCGCCCGCUCCCGCCAGUGUAGGCCAUGCCCCCGCAAAGACAAAGACACGCAGCGAGCUGCCCGGCGCCGUGCCCCUUGCCGACAAGAUGAAAAGCAACAGUCUGCCGGCCAGGCUCACCCUGACGGCCAGGACCGCGCCCGGGAAGAUCGAGAAGGUGUGCCCGUUGCCACCCGUCUCUCCGUCCCUGUCGGAGGGAGCGCUGUCGGACGCGGGGAGCGAGGACUCUGGGGGAAGACCAAAGAACUACAUGCAGACCCUGAUGGAGGACUACGAGUCCCACAAGGUGAAGCGCAGGGACAAGCUGGAGGACAACAGUUAUGCCCGCUUGUUGCUGGCUAGUGAGGUGACCACCGAGGUCCUAGAAGCCACUCGAGUCACCCGGAGGAAGAGCAACAUGGCGCUGAAGUGGGAGGCAGGUAUAUACUCCAACGAGGAUGGAGAGCAAGGGAAGGAGGAAGAAGAGGAGGAGGAGGAGGAGGAGGAGGAGGAGGAGGAGGAGGAGGAGGAGGAGGAGGAGGAGUAGAGUCACUUCAAACACUACGAGGGCAGGAAGAGGAAGGGAGGAGGGAGGAGCUGCUGGGGGAGAUAGCGCCGGAGGGACAGCCAGCAGUAUUAAUUAUACUUGAUAGUGUUCUGAUGAUCACAUUGUGAGACCAUUUGGGCACUAUUCUGAUGAUGCAGUUGGCUUGUGAUUGGUUGAUUGAUUGAUUGAUUGACUGAGGGUUUGAAGGCAUGACUUGUAGUCCCAAGUCCUCCCCCUCUGGGGUAACGGUUCAUGGAUGUCUGGACCACAAGCUUCUUGAUUAUGAGGUGUUUUUUAACAGUCAAAUGCAGUAAACUAUAAAAUAAUGUUAUGGAAAUAAUGUUGUUUGAGGGACGCUCUACAGAAACAGGUUGGAUUCUGUAUAGAACCCACCUUCCACACAAUAGUGUGUCAAAUAAUGUAUUACUUUUGGACUUACAGACUUAAGUCCAAACUUUUUUGCCUCAAUUGUCUCCAACUUUGAACUUUGGUGUGGCUAAUAGGAAAUGAACACAUGACAACACACACAAGAGAAAAACACUCAGUAGGGCCUCAAUCAAGCGAUUUAAGCAUUAUCUUGAAUUAAAUCAUUAAAACAGAUCAUUUUAAUUUGUUAGCGUAAGAGAUUAUAAUGCAAAACAAUCUCCAAAGGGCUCAUGUGAAACUAAAGGACUCCAUGAUGGGUGAUUAAGCAAUGAUUUACCUGGUUAAAUACUACUCACUUAGGUUAACCAUUAACUCAUUCCAAAUGAGGAACUCAGAGUUAGCUUGAUACCGAUGUUAUUAAAGCUAGUUCCUUUUCUGUUGGAGUGCAUGAUAUUCAUCUCUCCUCUGCCAUCCCAUAAUUGUAAGACCUUGACUAACGCAGAACUAUACCUCUCCACACAGGGGGUAGCUCAGUCUAGCUACUCUUACAAAGCGUGAGACUUUUAAAAGGGAACAGAGUAUGUAGGAAAGCUUUUGGCAAGCGAUUUGGUUAUGUUUAAAGUCACUUAUUUCAAUACCUAUCAAACUUGGAUGCUUAGAUGACCUGUGCGUUGUGAUGGAAGCAGUUCUUUUACCUGCAUUAUAUUGAGGAAGGACUGUGUGUUUGAUUGAGCUUUCAUUCUUUUAUUUUAGUAGCUUAUUCGUAAUGUUUAAAGGGGACAUAUUAUACCACCAGGUGUGAGUGUGAUUAGCCUAACAAGCCGUUUCGAAAAUCUGCCCUAUAUGACAUCACUAGUGACAUCAACUAGAUCUGUGCUGGAUAGAUGAGCAACGUUUACUUCAGUCCACUGAGUAGGCUGGUAGACUGAUCUAUCCAGCACAGAUCUAGGUGGACACGCCCACUAGUGAUGUCAUAUGGGGCAGAUUUUCGAAACGCUUGUAAGGCUAAUCACACUCAGACCUGGUGGUAUAAUAUGUCCCCUUUAAUAAAACCGUUUUUUUUCACAAUACCAAACCGAUAUAUCUAUACCAAAAUAAUGUGUUGAAAUUUAGAAUCAACGGUUGGCCACGUAUUUUUUAAUAACUCUAUUGAAGAAAAGUAAUUGUAGCUUACAGCCUAUCCUAGACAAACUGUAACAUAAUCAUCCAAUCAGGUGCCAGGUCAUUAAAGAACAGAAAAGCUCUUGUUCAAUCCAAUGCAGUCUGUCACUUGUUGUAUUGUAUGCACUGUUGGGAUGAAGGGUUGGACUUGUAACCAUCCAGACUCAUCUGGCCUUCAGGACUGAGACCGGAUCAGACUGGAUUGACAAGGAUUGAACUGGGCCAAACUGAUUGGACUGGAAUUCAAUUGAAUGGAAUGAAUCGUAUUGGACUGGGAGGAAUUGUAUUGACCAGGAAAAUGUAAAUUGUUUGGACCCUCAGCAAGAGAAUCAGAUGUGAACUGAAUUCAGAUUCAAAUUGAACCGACUCCACAUCACAAACCUGACGCUUUCGUGGAAGAAAUGGCCAACAGUCGAGUAUUAAGUAUUGGAAAAUAAAGUUUUCAAUACCACUUGAAAACGUUUCAGUCACUCAGUAAUUAUUUCUCAAACAAGGAUGACUAAUGACAGGCUACUGGUUGGUUUACAGCGGCACAAAAAUGUGCACGUUUAAGUGUCCUUUUACUAAAGCAAUGAUCAUGAUCACUUACCUUCAUCUAAGAAUUGCGUGACUACAUUUCAGAAUCAGUCACAUUCUGAUUCUUUUCAAAUAACUUAAAUAUAGCUUCACCUCACUUAAAAUUGUUUUCAAGUCCCCAUUAAGUUAAGUAUGUCUGGUUAAAAGUGCCAUUUAAAAUUCUGAACCAGACCCCUUGUGCGAUGUCCAUCUCUGUGGGUUUUUAUGGACGUGGGAUAAACGCAGAGGAAAACUUUAUUUAAUUUAUUAGGACAAACGAAUGAAACAUGUGUUUGAAUACUGAAUGAACCUUUGAUUACCUGCUGUCUUCACCUUUCUAAUCACAUUGCAUCCUGAAAUAAUACUGACGUGUUUUCUGGAAAAUACUUUCCAUAUUUAAUAUUAUAAUGUAAGCUAAAAGUAUUUAACAGAUUAUCCUGGCUUUGGUCAGUCUGAAGAACAUUUAAGGAACCAGAGAGCUGUAGAGAGGAGGUCAGCCGACAUUUGUAUAUACGGACUGCGUAGACCACCCACAGAAUUAAAGAGUUUAUUAAGACUUGAGGAAAUACAUUUAGAGCGGUUAAACUGUAUUUAUAAAAACACACGACACACAGGAUUAAUGUUUAGAAACGUCCCUGUGUUGAGAAAUUUAGCCCAUGUGUGUGUUUGGGACUUAAUUGACAAAAAUACAGAAACGUUUUACGGUAGCUUACUGCCAAUGCCAUAUGUGUGAUAAUCAUGAUAGUGUGCCUGUGAGUCACCAUGCACUAAUAUUAGGCACAUUGCCAUAAUGACCAUUAUGCAGAAUGAUUUAGAUCCAAGACACACACACAUCCAUGUUGUUAUUUACUGUAUUCAGCUUCUGCAGCGCAUUCGCUCCUGACCUACAAUGUACAACAUGGUUCAUACACACACACACACACACACACACACACACACACACACACACACACACACACACACACACACACACACACACACACACACACGCACA